AUGUCAGCCCCGUUCGGCCACCACCCACCAUCCGUCCCACUCCUCCCCAAACAGAUGUCCAAGCGGCAGCGAGUGCGAGAGAUGAAAGCGGCGCGGGUGGCGGCGCUACAGGCGGUGCUACAGCGGCACCCCAUGGGCGACUCGGAGACGGCGCACUGGCUGAACGCGCUCGUGCAGCGCGCCUGGCCCGUGUUUCUCGAGCGCCUGCUGUCCACGCAGCUCGCUCCUGCCCUCGCGCCCUGGUUCUUCGAGAAAUACCUGCCCUGGCAGGCGCGCAAGGCGUGGCUGGAGCGGGUGUAUCUGGGCAGUUCGCCGCCCGUCAUUGCUGCUGUCAGGGUCGUGCACACCAACACUCUCGACGACCACGUGGUGAUAGAAGCAGCAACGGAGUUCGCAGCAUGCAGUGACAUGUACGCACUCGUGGGGGUGAAGAUGCGGCGCCGUGUGGCGCUGGGGAUGGUGGCACAGGGGCAUGUGUCGGGGGUGCACAUAGAGGGCAAGACUCGGAUCGGGAUGAGGUUCACCUCGGAGUUCCCGUACGUGAGCCGAGUGCGAGUGAGCUUCGUGGGGGCGCCAUUCAUCGGCCUCACCGUCAAGCCCUCGGCCCACCUCGGAUUCAACCUCGCCGACCUGCCCUUCUUCAGCUCCUGGCUGGAUGAGAUGCUAGCAACAGCACUGGAGUCGUCUAUGGUCGCCCCCAACAUGCUCGUUCUCGACAUUGCCCGUCUCGCCCACCUCUUCCUCUCGCCCUCCCCUCCUCCUCCCACUGCUCCCACUGCCUCUCACCCUCCUCACCCUUCACAUCACCCGCACCACACUCACUUCCCGCACUGCCCGCACUGUUCCCAGCAAGCCAGCCACGCAGCAGGCGCUGCUGCUUCUCCUGCUGCCACUGCCACUCCCACUGGUGCCACUCCAGUGCCCAGUGCUGCUAGCGGUGCUCCCAGCUCUCUUUCCUCUCCCACCUCCUCCGUGCCUCCCUUCCCGCCUGCCAUGCUCGCCGCAGCCCAAGCAGCCGGCAUCUCCCAGUUCGUUCCUCACUCCCCUGCAACCACCAAUCCCGAGAACACCGCAGCAGCAGCAGCAGCAGCCUCUCACACUCCCCCAGCAACCCCAGCACCCUCAGCAGCCGCAGCCUCCCCCUCCCAGCCCCCCCAACUCCCCCCGCUAUCCGCCGCGCUCCACGUGGACUCCUCCCGCCCGGUGGCCUUCGUGGCGGUCGAGAUCAUCGAGGCGAGGCACUUAAAGCCCGCGAACCUGGACGGCACGUCGGACGCGUACGUCAAGUGCGCGCUGGGGGCGGCGCGCUUCACCACGCGCAUCGUGUGGGGGUCCCUGGACCCGCAAUGGUUCGCAGAGUUCACUGCACCCGUGUUCUCGUGGCGUUUGAGCAAUCUUCUUGUUCUCAGGGUGCUCGAUAAAUCGUUCCUCUGCUCUAAAGACCUCGGGGUGCUCGAUAAAUCGUUCCUCUGCUCUAAAGACCUCGGGGAUGUGCCAGGAGUGCUUGCUUGCUUGCAAACCUCCGGCUCGUACGUCAAGUGCGCCCUGGGGGCGGCGCGCUUCACCACGCGCAUCGUGUGGGGGUCGCUGGAUCCGCAAUGGUUCGCCGAGUUCACGGCACCGGUGUUCUCGUGGCGCCUCAGCAACCUGCUCGUGCUGAGGGUGCUCGACAAGUCGUUUCUCUGCUCUAUAGACCUGGGCAACCUGCUUGUGCUGCGCGUGCUGGAUAAGUCGUUCCUGUGCUCUAAAGACCUCGGCAACCUGCUCGUGCUCAGGGUGCUGGACAAGUCGUUUCUCUGCUCCAAGGACCUUGGCAACCUGCUCGUGCUGAGAGUACUGGACAAGUCCUUCCUCUGCUCUAAAGACCUCGGUAUUGCUUGGCUUGGCUUCACUGACGCGCAUCACAUGGGGGUCGCUGGAUCCGCAGUGGUUCGCCGAGUUCACUACACCGGUAUUCUCAUGGCGCCUCAGCAACCUGCUCGUGCUCAGGGUGCUGGACAAGUCGUUUCUCUGCUCCAAAGACCUCGGUGGUUCGCCGAGUUCACGGCGCCGGUGUUCUCGUGGCGUCUGAGCAACCUGCUCGUGCUGAGAGUGCUCGAUAAAUCCUUCCUCUGCUCUAAGGACCUCGGCUAUUGUGUGGUGGACGUGGGGAGUACGGAGGAGGCGGGGAGGAGGGAAGAGGAGGAGGUGAGGGGCGUGAGAAGCAGAGAGAGUGAGGGGGGUGAGAGGAAGGAGAGAGAAGCGGAGGGGGGUGAGGGGCAGGAGAGGAAGGAGAGGGGAGCGGGUGGGGGGGGUGGGUCGGUACGAGGGUCUGAUGCUGGUGGUGGGGAGAAGGCAGGAGGAGGGGGGAGUGAAGGGAAGGAAGAGGGAGGUGGUAGGUCGAGGAAGGCGGCUAAUGGGGAGCCGAUGGGACUGCGAAGGAGGAUGAGGGGGAGGAGGAAAACGGGAGGGGAGUCUUUGGACUGGGAACAGGAAACUCAAAAGAAGCAGUAUGAGAGGGGGGAGGGGGAGAGAGGGGAGGAGGAGAGAGGGGAGGAGAAGCAAGGGGAGGGGGAGAUGGGGCUGAGGGAGAGAGGCGUGGUCGAGAGGGAGGAGUGUGGGAGGGCCGAUGAGGUAAUGAGCUCAGAAAUUGAUGGUGGUGCUGCGACUGGUGGUGAUGGGAAUGGUGCUGCUACUGCGACUGGUGGUGAGAGAGUGGGCCGGCCAAGGCUGGACCGUGGCUUCCCUCUCAACCGCCCCAACCUGCUUCCGCCAAUACGAGUCACCCAUCCUGCCGCUCACUCCCACAGCCACGUGGCAGAACAUGACAGGCUGCCGGGCACCGAGAGGAGAUAUGAUUCUUUGGGGCGUUUCCGUCCGUGCACCUCGUUCCUGACUGCCCCUGGGUCGUCUGAAGGGCAGGCCCUGGCACAUGGUAGCUCUCUGCUGUCCCCCUUUCAUGGGCCGUAUGGGGGUUCUCUUACUGCUGCCCCCUCCUUUAGCGCUCCAACUACUCCCACUGGCAGAGGCAAAGGCAGAGGGGACGUGGGAGAGGAUGUGGUGAUGGGGGAAGGUGGAGGAGGAGGGCCGUACUCUCCUCUUGAAGGCUCCUCUGGCGGUCGUGGUGCUGCUGGCGGCGGCGGCAGGGGUGCUGGCACUCACAGAGGCAGGUCUGUGAGUCGCAUCAAAAGCAGCCACGCAGCAAGCUCAGCAGGCAACCACACCACCUCCUCCUCCUCCUCCUCCUCUUACCACACCAGCCACACUCCCAACUUUGGCAUCUACUUCGUGACUGAAAAUGGCAUUGUGGACGGCUCAGUGGACGCUUCCGACACGUUCUUGACAGCAGGCGACUUGUGGGAGGGUAGCGAGGAGGGGGAGGUAGGGGAGGAGCCUCCAAGCCCGUGUUUAUCGGAGCCAUCGCUGUCUGUGCUGCAUGGCAUGGCGUCAGGACAGGCGUUCGGGUGGUGGGGUGACGAGGAUGAGGAGGGUGGGGAGACGGCUGACAAGGCACAGGGUGGAGUAGAGCCUUCGCCCUGGCAGCACCAACGCCAGCAGCAGCAGGGCCACCAGCAGCAGCAGGGGCAGCAGGGAGCACCGCCGCGGCCGCGUUUGGAGCGCAAGGCAGCUCUUUCGUUCCGUACCCGCAUGCAGCUGGAGCGACAGCAGGAGCAGCGCGAUUCCGAAGCAGCUGAAGCAGCAGCGGCGGCGGCACACGCCGAAGCAGCAGCCUCUGCUGCCAGCACAGCCCGCCAGCUGGACAGAGACGAGCUGGCGCUGCUUGCCAGGCUCCACGUUGACCAAUCAGAAGAGAUCAACAUCCAGGGGGUCCCGGCAGGCUCGGGGAUCUUGAAGGUCGUUCGGCCCGGAGCUGACCCCGGACCUGAGGAUUGGAAGUGCCGCCAGGGAGGGAGGAGGGCCGAGGCUGAGGCUCGGGAAAGGUUUGUGGAGGAGGAGCAGGAGGGGUCGGUGCUGGGUGGACUGGUGAAGGCUUAUCUAAGUGAAAGCUUGCACGGCGGGGGAGGGGGUGGUGGGGUGGGAGGAAAUAGGAGUGAAGCAGUUAGGGGGGAUGGUGGGAAGGCAGGUUCAACUGGGGAAGAGCGGAAACGAGGGGGGUGA